AUGCCCACUAGCAAUGCAAAGAAGGCCCCCGAAAGCAGGGUGUCCCUGUUCAACUUGGCUGUUGUCUUGGCUCUGUGCCUAGGGAGUCUUACAUAUGGCUAUACGUUUAGCAUUACAUCGACAACCCUCGGCCAACCCGGAUGGUACGAAUACUUCGGCUUGACCUCAGUAGAAACUGAGGCUCUCUACGCCUUCACCAAAAGAAUCGAGGGCGCAAUGAAUGGCUUGUUCUGUGCCGGUGGGUUCUUUGGUGCUCUUUUUGUCGGAUGGUCCUCCAACUCAGUGGGCCGAAAAGGGUCACUCUGGAUUGCGUCGCCCAUUGCAAUUGUUGGCGGUGCACUUCAAGCUGGAGCAACGCAUAUCGCUAUGUUUCUUGCCGGACGUUUUAUUGGAGGGGUUGCAGUCGGCAUUUUGGUCGUUUUGAUCCCGCUUUUCCAGUCCGAAAUUGCACCUCCAGCUACACGAGGAUUCCUUGUCUCUCAGCACGGUGUCGUCAUUGUCCUUGGCUACUCACUUGCUGCUUGGACCGGGUUUGCUUGUUACUUCUCCGAGAAUCUCGGCUUCCAAUGGCGAUAUCCCCUGGCCGAGCAGUGUCUUUGGCCCGUGGGCUUACUAUUGCUCACGCCAUGGAUUCCCGAGUCCCCUCGAUGGCUGAUCAUGAACGACCGUCCCGAAGAGGCGUGGGAGAUCAUUAGAAAGCUCCAUGGCCUCUACCGCGAAGAAGCCACUUCGGAGUUAUCCGCCUUUGCUAGAGAGGAAUUUCACCAAAUGAGGCAGCAAGUCACCGCAGACAAAAUAACAGCCGCCAGUGAAACGUUUUCGUGCCUCUUUACGAAGCCGUCUUACAGAAAGAGAAUGAUAUGUGCCUUCUUUACCAUGUUUGCUGCAGAGUCGACAGGGAUCUUGGUGGUUUACAACUAUUCAGUUCUAUUAUACCAGGGGCUUGGGUUUGGCAACACAAUGUCCCUUCUUCUCGCAGCCAUCUAUGUCUCGGUUGCCUGUGUUGGAAACUAUGGUAAGAUCGAACUUCUCAGCAAAGGUAUCUUGAAAGGGACUAUCUCACCAGAAAUAGUGAUUGGCCUUUCCGGCUGCAUGGUCAGUCUGAUCUGCGAGGCAGCACUGGCUGCCCGCUUCGCAGGUGGCCAAAAUGAAGCAGGCCUUCGAGCCGGAGUAUUUUUCAUGUUUCUCUUCAUUACCUUUUAUGGAUGCUGCAUCGACGCCACUACGUUCGUCUACUGCAGCGAGAUCUUCCCAAGCCACAUCCGCUCCUACGGAAAUGCCUGGGCUUUGUCCGUCCUGUUCCUGACAGCGAUGGUUUACCUGGAAGCGGCUCCGACUGCCUUUGCUGUGAUAGAGUGGAGGUACUAUCUUGUAUUCAUUGUCCUUACCUUCUUUAACACGGCCUUUGUGUGGUUCUUCUUCCCUGAGACCAAGGGACUCAGUCUGGAGGAAAUUGGAGAACUAUUUGGCGAUGAAGUUGCUGUUCAGCUUACGCGGCUGACGAUGGAGGAGAGGGACAUGCUUGAUCACAAUAUUCUUUCAGUGAAAGACGAUGUCACGACAUCUCACGUCGAGAAUAGCGAGCCUGCCUGUGGCUCUGCUUAG